AUGAGAUUAGAUGGACUUCUCUGGUGCUUAAUUGGCGCUACCUCUGCAUUUACAUCAGCAGCACGAAUACUUCAGAAACGUGCCGUACCACUAUAUCUGGUAGAUCCUUCAGAUGCGAGUUCUACACAGGGUAUCAAAACGACAAUCGUCGUGCAUACGAAAUUUCGAACCACUACAUCUACGUCGACCGUCAUAAUAAAGGCCUCUACACCUUCCAAGACAUGCCUAAGUAUUUCUACAUCAACAAUUAUACCGGAUUCAAAGGUAAGCCCAGCUUCUACGUCAUCUAACAGUUCUAUUCCAUCGUCUUCCGUUUCUUCAACUCCGACAACAGGCCCGAGUUCGCGGACUGAUAGCGAUAACACUAUUGUUCCUGCUCCUACUGGCACAGGUAGCGUGAUGGAGGAGGAAUUUCACGUUAAGGGUAUCACGUAUUCGCCAUAUAACAAUAAAGGACUUUGUAAACCUAAAUGGCAUGUCAGUGCCGAUAUUGCCAAGCUCCGCACUUACGAAAUUAUACGACUAUACGACACAGAUUGCCAUUGCAUAGAAAAUGUAAUGUCAGCGCUUUCGCCGCACCAAAAGGUCUUUCUAGGCAUUUAUUACAUUGAAAAGAUAGCAGAAUCAAUUGCAAUUAUUAAAGAUGCCCUUGCGGGAGAUUUCUCCAAAGUGUAUGCAAUUUCUGUAGGAAAUGAAAUUGUGAACAAUGGCGAAGCCGCGACAGCUACAGUAGAGAAAACAUUAUCAUCAGCACGGUCACAGCUCAGUGCUAUAGGUUAUACUGGUCCUCUAGUCUCAGUAGAUACGCUCGUUGCAGUUCUUAACCACCCAGAACUUUGCAACUAUUCGGACUUCAUCGCAGUGAAUUCCCAUCCGUAUUGGGACGGUAAGGUUGCUCCUAAUAAUUGCGGACCCUGGCUUAAGAAGCAGGUACAAUAUUUAGCUGACCACUGCAAUGUCAAAAAAAAUAUACUCGUCACAGAGACCGGCUGGCCCAGUGCAGGCGUUCCAUUCGUGGAAAAUAUACCCAGCAAGGAUAAUCAAGACAUUUGCCUAAAAUCCAUAAUUGAAACAAUGCGGGAUCAAGUGCUUCUAUUUACGAUGUAUAAUGACUACUGGAAACCACCAGGUCCAUAUGGUGUGGAACAGUUUUGGGGAAUAUUUGGCGACGACUCGAAUUAUUAA